GUAGUGAGAUGUGUUUGUUUUCUUGUCAUCCACGUGCUGUAAAUUAAAGAAUGAAUGAUCAUCCGGUUGUGCAGUUAUUAGGAGAAACUUUAAUAUCGAAACAAGGUGGUACCGUGCAAACUGUUUCAUUAUGUGGUAAAGGAAAAUUUUUGGGCCUUUAUUAUUCUGCCUUUUGGUGUCCGUCAUGUAUAGCAUUUACUCCAGAAUUGAUUAAAUUUUACAAACAGUUCCAGAACUCAGAUCGGAAAGAAACAUUUGAAAUUAUAUACAUAAGUUCUGAUUAUGAUCAAAAACAGUUUAUGGAGCAUAUGAGCUCAAUGCCGUGGCUUGCACUGCCUUUUACUGAUCGAUUCCGUCAGACUGAACUUGCACGUCACUUCAGAGUACAAAGUAUACCUGCAUUGAUUUUAAUAGAAUCAGAUACAGCUGAACUUAUUACUUCGUAUGGUCGUUCAUGUGUUAUGGAUGAUCCUUUGGGCUUUUGCUUCCCAUGGAGGAUGAGGAAUUCUGUUGAAGUUCUUCAGGAAAUACCUUUGGUGUCAUGUAAGGGGGAUAGUGUAUCAUUUGAAUCGAUUUCAUCAUGUAUCAAAGGCCUCUAUUUCUCUGCUCAUUGGUGUCCUCCUUGCAAAGCAUUUACACCAACUUUAGUGAAACUGUACAAAAAACUAAGGAAAACUGGCCAGAAUUUUGAAGUUAUUUUUGUAAGUUCUGAUCGAAGUGAAGAAUCAUUUAACCAAUAUUUUUCUGCGAUGCCUUGGCUAGCUGUGCCUUAUAGUGAAGAAAAGAGAAGAAAAGAAUUGGCAUAUUUGUAUGGAGUUGGAGGUAUUCCAUGUUUAAUAAUACUUGAUGAGAAUAACCGUGUUAUAACUAAAGAAGGUCGAAUGGAAGUGAAUGAAGAUCCUGAUGGUGAGGAUUUCCCAUGGAGACCCAAAUUGGUAGAUGAACUUGGAGAAAAGCAUAUUUCCAAACUAAAUGAGGAGCCUUGCCUCAUUCUUUUUACAGUUUGUGAAGACAAGGAACUAGAAUUAGCUCAUUAUGCUUUAUUACCUGUUGCUGAAGAAUAUCAGGCAAGAUUAAAGCGAGCCACAGUUGAGGAAACAAAAAUUCCUCAUUUGAAUUUCUUCUAUGCUGGUGAUGCUGAAAUAUGUGAUUCCGUACGUGAUAUAAUUGGAUUUGGAGAUGAUGUUCCAUUUUUAGUGAUUUUGGAUAUACCAAAUGGCAAAAAAUAUAUUCAUGAAAGGAAAGAAAAAAUGACAUCAGAUAUGAUUGGAAAAUUUGUACGAGACUUUGUUUCACAAAAACUGACACCUUGUACUAUUGGAACAUGAACUAUACCAUCAUUUAAAAGUGAACUUUGUUCUUCAAACUAACAAAUUUGAAUCUUUUAACACUGAUUUUAAAUGAAAGUUGUCUAAAUUAUUUAAAAAAAGCAGGCAUUUGUAACUAGAGCAAAAUUAGUUUAACAUUUUUUAAGAAAUUUUUCUUUAUUCAUGUAAUGUAUAGGUAAAUUUUAUCCAUGUUUAUUUUAGUUGUGUAAAAGUAUUCUUUACCAUAAAUAUUUAUAAAGUUUUUCUAUAGUUGAAGAACUUAUUUUUAACCUUACAGACAAAUACUUAGGUGUACCUAAAUGCACACAAUUUUUAUAAUCUUGGUACAAAGUCUGAAUAUGCUUGAAAUCUCUCUCAGAUGUAAUUUAAAAUAAAAGGGCAGAUUUCACGUAUUAUAUUUGAUUCUGCUUAUUUUGCUAAAAAUGUGCUUUUGUUACUAACAUUAGAACAUUUUAAUUAUACUUAAAAUGUUUUUAAAGUAUAAUUUUUCAAAGUAUUUGUUUUUAAAAUACUAUUAAAAAGUCAUUUUUUAAUUUUCAUUGUAUAUUUUUUAGACUAAAUUUCUCAAGGAAAUUAAAACUUAGUUAUUUAUUUAUAAUUACUACAAAUAUACCAUUACCUUUUGGAACAGGGUUGUCUUAUAUGCAUUUGACCACCGUGUCACAGAUCCAGCCUCUGUCAUAUAUGAAUCACCAUUUAAAUGCAGUGUUAGGACGGGUGUAACACAUAUGAAUUUUUAGAUCGAAUGUUUAAUUAGUAUUAUCUUUUUUUGCUGCUAGAAGUUGCCUGAUGUCUGUUAUGGUAGAAUUUUUUGAAAUUGAAUAAUAUUGACCUUCAUUUAUUUUUGAUAUUUUGUUUCAGAAUCAAAGCAGAAAUCGAGGAGGGGUGUUGAGUAGUGUAAAUAAAAUAACUGUCUCGCCUGAUAUAAACAAAUGGGGAUGUUCUGGAUGCUUUUGAAUACUUUUGUUUUUAUUUUUGGAGAUAUGGCGAUAUGUAUCUUAUUGUUGUAGAGGUUUUAUUCAUUUUUCUUAAAGUUUGGCUAUCCUUGAGAGGAAUGUUGAAUAUUUUGUGUAUCGUGUAGCAAAACAUUUUUCAUACUUCAAAUGGUAAGGAAGAUAUAAUGAUAAAAUUUUCAAAUUAUUUCUGAGAAUUAUCUGAAUGUCCCUCUCAUAAUGUGCCCAAAAUUGGAACAAUUAGACCAAAAAUUUAAUUUAAGCAAAUGUUUUCCAAACUUAGCAGCUGAAAUUACUGGUGCCAACAACAGUGCUUCCUGUCAGCCAGCAGUUCGAUGAACUGUUCGGUGACUGAGGCACCUAUCGCAAAAGGAUUAAUAAAAGUACUAUAUGCAGUUUUUAUUUAUAACUGUUCAAAUGUUAAGAAAAUGAGUUUUCUGCAUUUAAUGAAAACAAAGUGUACUAAAUUUUACAUUUAUUUAAAAAUCUUAUUUGUAUGAUUAUGUAAAUUAAUAUAUAUACUCUUUCAGUGGCGAGCAUAACUGGCACCCGGGGCAAAAUAUCUUUUUGGCACCCUCCCCCGUCAAAAAAACACAGUGAUAUGAUGAAAAUCUUGUUUGGAGACCAUCAUACACCACCUUGCCCCCCCUCGCUACGCCACUGUACUCUUCUGUUCAAUAAGUUUGUGGAAAUGUCAUGCCAUGUGUCUGAAACAUGUAAUAAUUGAAUUUUGUUAUUAGUAUGUUUUGCUUAGAAAGUAUGUAUGGAAUGAUACUGCCUAGAACAACUUAAUUUAUAUUGUAGGCAUACAAAAUUAAAGCAUUUUUCAGUUAUUUAGCAAAAUAUGACAUUUUGACCAAUGAGCAUUUGAGCCAAGAAACUUGGUUUUCAUUGAUUAGAAACAAACAAAUCUUUGUCAUGCUUGGAAGAAUGAAAGAAAUACACUUAUUUGAAAUUUGGUAAAUCAAAUAAGCUGAGCACCUUUUUUGAUUAACCAGAUUUUUUAUUCACUGAUUCUACUGUUCUCACUUAUCAAGAAGGUUCCAUGUUGUUUUAAACAGUUUAAGUUAUCCAAAGUGAUGCAAUGGCUAGUUUAUUACUUAUUUAAAAAUGACUUUAUAUCAAAGUUGGUCAGUAGUACAGGAACAUAUCUACCAACUUUUACAAAAUUUUCUUUACAAAACAUAUGGCAGUUUUAUGACCUUAUUUGCAAAAUUGAUUUUUUUUUUUUAUGAAUUUUGCAAAUUUUUAUUAAGAUGCCAUAAAUUAUGCCAGUUUGGUGAUUUGUCUCCAAGACUGUAUUUUAAACACCUACUCUUUGCAGGUAUUUGCAUUACUUUUAUUACUUUUUCCAUGUGUCAUCAGGUUUUGUGACUCGGCUUAUCAGUAUCUGAGUGCCAAAGUUGCCCAAUACUGGUAGUUUGACCGAGGUUCAAAUUCCAGAAAAUGAGCUUGCUGCAUGGGCAUUUUUUUUUUUUUUUCAUGUGUAAUAUGGAUACAAGAUACCCUUAGAAAGUUCUUCAUGAAGGCAUUUCUUGUCUUAAGCUGAUAGUCCUGGCAUGUUUUUUUCAUAAUCAAGCCAGCCACUUGGCAACUAAUCAACUUCUCAGGCAAUUUUUAGAUCAAUUUCCAUGCACAAAUUUUGAUUUAAUAAUCAACAAAUUUCAUAACUUUUUAAAGCAAAUAUAAUUGCAUUGUUUUGAUAUCCUUAAAACACAUUAAAAUUAUAUUUCUUAGAAAAAUAACGUUCAGUUAAAUAUUUUUAUUUCGUUCUAUCAUAUUUAAAAAUUUUUAUUUUCUUUUUGAUGAUUUCUGAAUAUGUUUAUUCUAAAAUUUAAACGUAUAUUAAAUGUAUGGAAAAGUGUGCAAGAUAAUAAAUGGGAUCAAACAUACUUUCUGAAUUUCUUUUUAAUAAAAGCAAUUGAAAUUAAUUUUAUUUAUUUUAAUUUUGCAUAUGUUGUGAUAAAGUUCAUGAUUUUUUAUGAUGAUUCUUCAUGCCAUUGAUUCAAAAUAUUGAAAUAUGUAUUAGUUUUCGUUACAAAAUGAACUUACUGCUUUUACUGUGAAUUUUAUUUAUUUAUUUUUAAAUCUUUAUUUAAAUUUUUUUAAAUAUUUAUUUUCUUAAACCUUUUUUCAUUUACUUUUAUAAAAUUGGCAGAUACGUGCAUGUGCUCCAGUAGAUGUUAUUUCAAAGGUGACUUUGGUAACAAAUUUUUACAUUUCAAAUACAAUUGUUCUACAAAUGCUUUCCAUAUACAUUUUGAAUGCAGGAGUAUGUAUUUUACUUUUACUGCAAAGUUCAUUGAGUUCCAUCCCUGAUUUAAGAGGGUAUGUUGCUGUUAUAUUUUGGAGAUUUAUUAUAUGAUGCAAUUUUUCAGCACAUGUAAUUGUGAAAAUAAUUUUUAGGGGCACUGUGAAUCAUGAAUAGUAGAAAGUUUUUUCUGAACUUAACAUUUGAAAUAGUUGUUAAUUAUUAAUAUGCAAUUUUGAAAUUGAAAUAUAUUACAUGCUGUUAUGAUAAAAUACUGAUGAAUUUUUAUUUAAUUUUAUAUAAUAUUAAAAUAUAUUUGUAAAAAGUGCAGAGAGUUAUUUUUGUAUGUUCAGCAGAUGUAAAAGAUCUGCACAAAAUUAUGAUAAACCUUUAUGUUAGAAUAAUAUAUUUUAAAUAUUAUUUGAACCUGUAAUAUAAACUGAUGGGAAAAAUUAAAGAAGCUUCUAUUAAAUUCUUACUUGAAUGAUUUUGCAGUCAAGAAUUUGAGACUUCUAAGAACUUAGGACUCUAUUUUUUCUUGCCUUUUGUACUUUCAAAAAGCAGAACUGCAUUUUUUUGCAAAAUAAAUUUAAAUAAGAACAUAGGAAAUGCACCAGCUCUGACGCCGGCCCUGAGUAUGACGGGGACAAGCAUUAUCACCAAUUAGAAGAAUGUUAUUAUUGAUUGCACUCCUUAAACUACUUGACAUAAGGAUAAAAUAUUUUAUCACUUUAUAUUUCAGCAUUCAUAGCUGCUCUGAUAAAAGUAUAUAAAUCAGUUGCAGCCAUUUAUAAUGAUAUCCAACCAUACCAUGAUUCCACCAUCUUUGUAUCGAUGCUUUUCAUAGAUGUUUUCAGGCUUGUUGGGUGUAUUUUGCACUCUCCACAUUUUAAUGUAUGGAAAAUCAUUCUCCAAAUAGAGAUGGUACUCUUCAUUAAAAAAUACUCAGCUUCAGUCUAUUGUACUCCAUUCAUAAUGAUCUCUGCACCAUCGCAGCUAAUUUCACAGCCCAAGUUAGUGGGAGACAGAUCAUGUGCCUCCUUGUGUGCAGCCGCCUCUUAUGUACCCUGUCACUCAUGGCAUGUAUGGAUAGUCGAAUUCUUGUAGCUGCAGUAAACUUCAUUGCAACUUGGUUUGAUAUUAGUUGUCUAUUUCUUUUAGCAGUCUUUGUCAAACGGUUCUAAGAUCUGUUAUGUCAGGUUUUCGACUUUUUGACAUUAAUUGUGUCCUUCUUCUAUUCUCUCAAUCAUAGGCCAUCAGAUGCUUUCUCAAUGACAUGCUCCAUCUUUCAUAUGUAAAAAUUUUAUCCAAUUAAUCUUAAAAUUUUGAGAAUUAAAAUUUGAAGCAUCCCUUUCCAUGUGUGCUGAAAGAGGGAGUGUAAACUUUACAUAUUUCUAUGUAGCGAAGGUGAAUCCCAUUGGAUUACAUGGAUCUUGAACUACUAUAUUCCAUUGGCCUUCACUUAACAGAGUUAAUGUAAAGUACCUUUUUACACUUGUUUCUUUAAUUUUUCCUGUUAGUAUAUUUGUAUGUUUGCAUGAGCUAUAUUUAUUUUCAUAUUCCCCCUAAUGUUUUUCAGCAUAUGAUUUAGAAAUUUUUGAUUCUAAGGAAGUAAUGUAUGACAUAUUGGACUGCAAAACAUAAUGUAUAAUUAAAAAGAAUAGUAUUGAAGAUAGUAACUGCUACCAACUUUUUUGAAAUAUAGAGCAUAAUAAUAUCAGUACAUCUUUUCAUGUGUAGUGCUUAAACUGCCAAGUUCUUCCUUUAUCUUUUAUACUCACAAAUGGUGUGCACUGCAUAAUAUUUUCUUCUGCAUUUUCAAGAGGUAAUAGUAGGAGAAAAUAUGUAAGUAAUUAUUGUAAUUGUGAGAAUAACAAAAUUUCUUUAUUUAUUUCUUUGGGAAUUUUUUUAUUUCCAAGUUUAAAAAUUUUUUUCUUAUAUAAAUUGUAGUCUACAAUUGAUCUUCAGUUGAAUGAAAUAUUUUUUAAUGUAACUUUAAAUAUGUUGUAAGGUUAAUUUUUAAUAUGUAGUGUAAUAUUUGUUAUUAGGUAAAAUGUGAAGGAUAUUAUCAUUUUUCUUUUCUUUUUUUCUUUUUUUUUGGGGGGGGGUCAUGCAUUCCCUGUCUAGUCAGUGUUCUUUUAUGCCUUUUGCUGGUACAAAGCUUUAUUUUUACUUGUAAUUUGUUGUAAUAUUUUCUUGCUUGCUUAUCUACUGUAAAAGUUCAUCUUUAUUUCUAGUCAUGUUUUUCCCCCCAUUCUUGCAGAUAUAGAUUUCAUGUAUAUAUUUUAUUUAUAUUUAUUUGGGCUUAUUUUAAUUAAAAAAAUCAUUUUUUUCGCAUAUUAUAAUGUUUUAUAUAUCCUAUGUAUUUACUGAUGGUAAUCAUUAUAUUACUUGUUUUUUUUUAAAUGAAAUUUAUUUGGUAUUUUUUACAAGCUGUUCUUCAGAAGCAGCUAACAAUUAAAAGUAUAUUAAAACCACCAUGAAGUAUUAUAUAUUUUAAAGAAAUGUAAAACCAUAAUUAUAUACUUUGGCUUUCUGCUAAGUUCUUUUAAAAAUCACUGAUUUUAUGCCAUGAAAAGGCAUACUGCUAAUUAAUUUUGAAUUCAGUAUUUUAGAUAAGUUGCUAUGUAUGUGUAUCAGUUAACAUAUUUGUUUAUUAAUUUAAAAUUAAAAAGAGUAAUGAAAAUUUCACCAAUAAUUUUUACUAAAGAUUAUAAGGUAUUGUUUCAUUAUACAUUAGAUCACUGUACUUCAAAAAACACGUUAUAUAUUUUUGAAAUAUUUUUAUAUAGCUAGUUGUAUUUCUGUAAAAAUUUGUCAGCUUAGCUGUCUGGCUAACUUUCAACUUAAUUAUUGAAAACUUUUUAGGCAAGUGCUAUUAACUUGAGAAUAAAAAUCCCAAUACUAAGUAUAUAUAUAUGAAUUAAAGAGAAGUAAUAAUUAUUUGAAUAGUUUGCUCAUUUCAAGAAUAUUUUGGUGACAUUUAAAUAUAAUGUAACUUAAUACAUGAAUUGUAGGAAUUUUUUAUUCUGCAUUUGUAUGAUAUUAAAUGGAAUGCAUUUUUGAAUGUUUAAAUAAAUGUAAUUAUUUUGUGUUGAUAUUAUCUCCAAGGCUUUAAUGAUGCUUUAAAUUGCAAUAUUUUUAUGUUGUAAUGAAUUUAUUUUUUAAUAUGUAAUGUAUUAUUUAAAGUGUUAUUUUAUCGAGUUUGACUCAUAUUCUCUUAACAAGCAUUGUAGUCAAAGUUAUUGUAUAGAUUUUGUGUACUGUGGUGAUACUGUAUAUUAAAUGAAAAUUUCAAUUAUUUACAUUUGUUGUUUCAUGUAUUUGUAUUGAGGAUAAUCUAGAUGUAAUAGUAGUGUAGUAACAUAAAGCAUUAAUUUUUUAACUAUCCUUUUAUUCAUAGUGGAAUGUGAAAGAUUAUUUUUGUUAGUUUCAUACUAGUUUUGCAUAAUAGGAUAUAUCGAAAUGUCAUUUAUAUAGGCAUCUUUUUUUUGGAUUGAGACAAAAUAAGGAUCAUAGUAGUUUUCCUGAAGUCAUUCAACAUGCAAAAAAUGUUUUAGCUUGUAAAAACACUUUUAAUUACUAAAAUUGUAAAUGAUGCAUUGCAUGUCUUGUGAAUUUUUAAAAACUAAAUAACAUACUGAAUAUACAACAUGUUUGAUUACAGGUUUAUUUCUUUAAAUAAUAAUUCCUACACAUGUUUAUCCUGUUACUAAGUUUUUCCAAAUGAAACUGAGAAACUGUUUCAGCAUAAUAGAAUGAAUGGGUUGUAAGAAAAAAUUUUUAAAUAUAAAAUUAAAUUGUUUACAUGUUUCCCAUAGAAAAAAAGUCCAAUUAGUGUAAUGUUCAUUAUGCUUAAUUACAAAAAGUUCCAUAUCUGUAUAUAAAGCACAGAAAUAUUUGUAAUUAAUACAAUAAUGGGACCAAUUACUGUGUUAAUAGCGAAUGCUAUUUUAUUCCAAAUAAAAUCGUUCAUCACUGAAAUGAGCAAGUUUAUUUUUGCCAUUUCUUUCUAAAUAUGUGGGAGAAAUAGUAUAUUUAUUCAUUAAUUUGCAUUAAAAAGGGAUCUAAAAGAAUAAAUUUAUUUUUCUUAUAUCUUUGCAAAUUUUGCAUGUAAAGAAGUAAAGCGUUUAUUAAAAAAAGUUUUAUUUAGCUUAUGAAAACAUGAAGAAAAUGUUAUUAUUUGAGCUUUUUCCUCAGUGGGGAUUAUACAAAAAAUUAGAUCGCAUACUGGCAAACAUUCCCCCCCCUCACACUGUACCAUAAAAUUUGGUAGAGAAAUUAUUGUAAAUGAAUUUUAGGGAAAAACUUUGUUAUUGUAAAUGAAUUUUAGGGAUCAGUAUUUAAGGGAAUAAAGACUGUAGUCACAUUUUUAAAUGUUGUGUGCAUAUAAAACUAUAAAAUGAACAAAAGUUUUUACUUUUAUGUUUUCAGAUUUGUCACAAUAGAUUCAAAUAGCAAAGACUAUGUUUAGUGUGUUGUUACUUAUUAUAAAUGUAAAAGAUAAAAAAAGAAAAUAAUUGAAAAAUAGGCUGUCAAAGAGUAGGCGAUGCCUGUAUUACAAAUAUCUAGCUUUGCUUGCAUAAAUCUAGUCAUUGACAAAGCAUUUAUAUGUAAUGUAUCUAUUCAUGUAGAUGUUACAUUCAUCAAAUUUGUAGUUCUACUUUUAGAUGAUGUGUGCGUUAUCUGUCAAAAGAAAGUGUUUUGUACACUUUUAUAUAAUAAUGUAAUUUAAAAGUUUUCACACUUAAGAAGAAUGUGGUGAAGAUAUUAAUAUAUUUAAGGGAUUGGUCUAUGACAAAUCCUGGUCAUAUUAAAUUUCAUGUUGAAAAAAGCUCAAAUCCUGCCAUAGCCUGUGAUUCCAUUAUCUCGAUAACAUGUUAUCAUCUUUGAUCUUGAAAUUUUUGUCCUAUUUCAAGGGUAAAACAUUUCUUACAAAUCAUUGCUGCAUAAAAUGAAACAUUGCAUUUAAGAAGAAAUAUUUUUAUAUUUUUCUUUUCACUGAUAUCCCAUUUUCAUUAGUUAUGUAGAUUUAAUACAUCAUGAGUGAUUUAUAUAUAUGUAAAAAUGACUGUAUUCUUGUGUAAUAUACAGUCUGCAUCAAUAUUUAUAUUGUAGCAUGCUAUCAGUAAAGAAAUUGCACACUUUGCUGUUAAUGUUUAAAUUAUAUCAUUUAAUAUGUCACAACAUUUCUUUGCAUUUGUAACAUGUAGUAUGUUGUUAAAUAUUAUGUAGACUAAGCAACAGAGAAUAAAGAUAAGAGCAAUGUUGUUGGAAACCUAGUUAAAAUCGAAUGAUAAUAAUUUGCAUUGUGCAAACCUUAUUUAAGUUGAUAUGACUUCAUUUUAAAAACACUUAAGUGUCAUAAAUAGUUAAUGGAAAUAUAGCUGUAAUAGGUCUUAUAAUUUGAUAUCAUAUUUGUUUUGUAUUAUAAUAAUUUAAUAUAUCAUAAAUAGUCAAGUGGUGUAUCUUUUUCUGCAAACCAGGAUUCAAAAUGUUUUUUUAAUUCUUUUUAUUUUUAUGAAGGAAUAUAUCUGCAAUUUUCAGUGAUGAUAAUUCAUUUAAAUAUGACAGGGUUCACUUUGAAUAUCUCUAACUUGUAAAUUUAUGAUAGGCUAACUUACGAUUUAUUGGAAAGUUAGUAUCUGCAAAUAGAAAAUUUUAAAUUCAUAUUCAAUGAAUAAAAAUAAAAUGUAAUUAUUGCAUUACAUAGGAACAUUUGGCAAUAAGUAAUCAUAUGCAUAGUUGUGACCAAUAGCUUAAAAUUAUAAGCAAUACUAUAUUAGCACCAUUAUAAUAUAAAUGCUUAUUUUAAUGAAAGCUGUUUUCUGAUUUAUUUACAGAACACGAUUUUGAAAAUCAGAUUUUGUAAUUUAUAUACCAUGCUAGCUCAAUUUUAUUAAAUUGCUGUUUGGCAUAUGAUUGUGAUGUUUAAUUUAUAUUCAUUUAAAUUAAAUUGUCAUGGUAAAUGUAGUUUUGGUUGAGCUAAAAAAUAUGCCUAAAUUAGAUGAUACACUUAUGUUCUUGUAUUCACUGCAUUGUGCUGUAAUCCUUUGCUAAAUGUACAUUUAAAAUUCCUGAAAUGUUUCAAAACCAUAGUUACUAAGACUAUUGUUUGUUCAUUGUUGAGUCCAUAUUUCAUGGAAAAAUGGUUACCAGAGCUUUAAGGAGCUUGAACUUCUACUUCCACCCCAAUUUUGAGGAAGAGUAUGAUCUGUACCUAGGCAGUCUCGGCCAUGCGGAUAUAAAAAUAUUGAGCCUGGCGGUUCCCGAUGAUCUGCGUUAAAGUUUAUGCCAACCUUUCAUGUGUCUGGUGGCUUAAGACCCCUUAACUAGGGUAUCAGUUGCAGAAUAGUGCUGGGGCCAUUGAGAGUCCAAUCCACGCUCUCCUCCAUAUUCCGUGUAAAGCCUGGAGGGAGGGACUGCCCAUGUAGUACUGUUAGGCAGACCAUUGAAGACCAAUCAGAGCUUCAGGCAUUCAGCUCCAUCCUGCCAUGGUCUCUGCUGGGAUGGUGGCCUCGGUUGACCAGUUCAGCGAUGGGUUUGGGAGUUAAUUUUGAUGCUGAUGUUUGGGUCUUCAGUAAGAGUGUUUAAGACCAUCUCCAAGAUGGCUUUUGACUGGCUGGCCACCCUGCACCUAAUAUUGAAGCUCUCAUUUGGGACCCAGUCCACGUAGUGACAUUAAGUUGUCGGGGCGUGUAAUACAAAUCAAUCUCCCUUCACAUGAAAGGACUUUUGGCCCACCAUAUAUUUAAAUGCCCCUAUGCUGCAAAGACACUCUACAUUUACAAACAUCCAUGCCUUUUCCAGGAUUCAAAACCAGGCCCUUUUGUACAGCAGCAGAGACUAUUGUCUAGUCAGAUAUAAGGUAAUGAAUGACUGAGCAGCAAACACCACUCAUUAUUGGUAAUUAUAUUUAAAGUUUGAUGCUUGUUCAUAGAAAGGUCUUGCUGCAUGGAUAUUUUUUUGUGUUUUUCUCUAUGUGUAAUAUAAUCUCUAUGUUCAUUAUU